UGCUGUUUUCAGCUUGUCGUAUCUGUGAAGCACAGUGUUUCUGCGUUUUUCAGAAGUGUAAAUGCUCUGGUAAACGGAAAGAGUCAUCGCAGUAAUCAUACUUUGACGGUUUUUGGUUAUUACCACGGCUGCAUUUUAUUUACAGCAAUAGUGACUGAUUGAAUAUGUGUUCGGUGUUUGAUACAUUUCUUACUUUCAAUAGAAAAAACCAAGGAAAACACAAAAGUCAGAAAGUGCAAAGCAACAUAAAGUUAUAGAGAGUCUCUUUGGAUCAUUUUUAGCCUAGUAAUUAAUUAGUUUUAUCUUGAAGUUAAUGUUUUUGAUAUUGUAAACAUUUUAAACGGCACACAUAAUUAUGCUGAGGUGGGAAGUAAAUCGUAACGUGACACACAUUUACCGUGCAGACUAUUUGGUAUUAUUUAUAAUGACUUUUUCCCAAUAGAAAGCGAAAAAUUCCUAAAUACUACCUUUUAAUUCUUUGCAUCCAAAGACAUGUAAUUAACAAACGGGAGAAAAAAUUGUGAAAUGUGUUCACCAGAUUAUUCUGCCUUUUAUUGCAACUGUGGAACCAUUCAGUGAGUGAAUGGGGUACAGUUUCAAAAAAAGGUCAAAAACCCCUGAGUUAAGAGAAGCAAAGUGUUAGAGUGUGUUUUAGGACAUGCAGCGUCCGCCCACUGAUCUCUCAGCAGAGUGCAAAACUUAAUGAUGAGAAGACGGCGCUUGCAAUUCUUUUUUUUUUUUGACUGCAUGUUAACAGCAACGAACACAAAGCAAAGAAGAAAUGUUAAGGACUGCCUUAUCCAGGUGAAAGCCAAGGAACAAAGAUGGAGUCUGUUUACAAACAGGAGGAGGUUCAGGAAUUGGUACCUAUCUGCAUUAAACAGGAGAUGCCUGAACUGGAGCCUGUCCACAUUAAAGAAGAGACUGAACUGGAGCCUGUCCACAUUAAAGAAGAGACUGAACUGGAGCCUGUCCACAUUAAAGAAGAGACUGAACUGGAGCCUGUCCACAUGAAAGAAGAGACUGAACUGGAGCCUGUCCACAUUAAAGAAGAGACUGAACUGGAGCCUGUCCACAUUAAAGAAGAGACUGAACUGGAGCCUGUCCACAUUAAAGAAGAAGAGACUGAACUGGAGCCUGUCCACAUUAAAGAAGAGACUGAACUGGAGCCUGUCCACAUUAAAGAAGAGACUGAACUGGAGCCUGUCCACAUUAAAGAUGAGUCUAUUAAGUUGUUUAAGGAUUCAGAAAACAUAUCCCAGCCAAAGAUAUCGCAUCAGUGUCUUGAAUGUGGGAAAAGCUUCAGUCAGUUAGGAAACCUAAAAAGACACCAGCAAAUUCACACUGGAGAGAGGCCACAUCACUGCACUGACUGUGGGGAGAGUUUUAGUCGUUCAGGAAGCCUAAAAAUACACCUGCGAAUUCACACUGGCGAGAAGCCAUAUCACUGUACUGAAUGUGGUAAGAGCUUCAGUCACUCAGGAAACAUGAAAAAUCACCAGCUAAUUCAUGCAGGAGAGAAACUGUAUAGCUGUUCUGACUGUGGGAAGAGUUUCAGUCACUCAGGAAACCUGAAAAAACACCAGCGAAUUCACACAGGAGAGAAACUGUAUAGCUGUUCUGACUGUGGGAAGAGUUUCAUUCAGUCAGUAGACCUGAGAAAACACCUGCGAAUUCACACAGGAGAGAAACUGUAUCACUGCUCUGACUGUGGGAAGAGUUUCAGUCAGUCAGGAGACCUGAGAACACACCAGCGUAUUCACACAGGAGAGAAACCAUAUCGCUGCUCUAACUGUGGGAAGAGUUUCAGGCAGUCACAGAACCUGAAAAUACACCAGCGUAUUCACACAGGAGAGAAACCGUACCGCUGCUCUGACUGUGGGAAGAGUUUCAGAAAGUCACAGAAUCUGAAAACACACCAGCGUAUUCACACAGGAGAGAAACCAUAUCACUGCUCUGACUGUGGGAAGAGUUUCAGUCGGUCAGUAACACUGAAAACACACCAGCGAAUUCACAGAGGAGAGAAACCGUAUUGCUGCUCUGACUGUGGGAAGAGUUUCCGUUUUAAACAAGGCCUUCAAAGCCACCAGCAAAUUCACACAGGAGAGAAACCGUACCGCUGCUCUGACUGUGGGAAGAGUUUCUGUCGUAAACAACGCCUUCAAAAACACCAGCGAAUUCACAGAAGAGAGAAACCUUAGACUCUGUUCAAUGGGACCUUUCACUCAUGAGGAAAAAACGUUAACCUUGCAUUAUGAAUCCCUGUGUAAUUACUGUGUUAUGUGUCACUCUUAAUAGCAUGCAUUUUAAAUGGUAAAAUUGCACUUCAACUCUCUUGCACUCUGAAUGUGUCAGAAAGUGGGUGGAGAUGCGGACACGUCACAAGAGGCUUCUCUGCUGUCAGUUUAACUCUGGCUGUCAAUACAGUCAGUGCCUGGGGGCAGGAAUAUGCAGAAAGGAAACUUUUCCACACCUCAUCUGAUGGACGAGUCAGGAGAAAUCAAUAACUCAGUGUGGAAAUGAGUUUUAGGAUUUAACAUUUGAACUUCAUUAACUUGAAAAUAAAUAAAUUGAUGGGAACGAGUAUCCUAACCCCGGAUGAAGCAUCCCAGAGACAAGACUGCAGCGUCCUUACUGGGCAACCGCCUGGAGGAUGUGUCUUGUGAAUUCAUCACGAUUCAAAAACGAAUGAAAACUGAUAGUGUUGCAUGACUGUAUUAUGACAUGAAUGAGUGAAUAUUGCGUGACGUGUCUCUUUGCAGUGUGCAUUGUCCAUGCUUGUGUUUGUGUUGCUUUUGUAAACUGCCCUGAGUAAUAGCAGUGUAGCAGGCAUGUGUACAGAUCUUAGGUACAGAAAGUCAAAUUGUGUAAUCUGAGUUCUAAUGAGACUUGACUGUACAAUUAAACCCUGUGCAUGCUGAUUAACGAUUCAUUAAUUAUACAACAAAAUACUGAGCAAUGUUAAAAACAACACCUAUGUCUAAAUUGUAUUCAAAUGAGCACCAUUGAAUAGCAGCGCUGUGCCUCUCUGAGUGGUUCUCAUUGAAUAGCAGCGCUGUGCCUCUCUGAGUGGUUCUCAUUGAAUAGCAGCGCUGUGCCUCUCUGAGUGGUUCUCAUUGAAUAGCAGCGCUGCGCCUCUCUGAGUGGUUCUCAUUGAAUAGCAGCGCUGCGCCUCUCUGAGUGGUUCUCAUUGAAUAGCAGCGCUGUGCCUCUCUGAGUGGUUCUCAUUGAAUAGCAGCGCUGUGCCUCUCUGAGUGGUUCUCAUUGAAUAGCAGCGCUGUGCCUCUGAGUGGUUC